GGAAAUUUCAACCCAUGAUCUGGCCAGGCCCAAACACAAGAGCCCGUCGCUCACAGAUCUGUUAGAGAAGAGCGUUCCGCACCCUGAGAGGCAAAGCGUCGAACGCAUGGCGCGCGCCCUCCUCCGCCGCGCGCUUUCCCUCUCCGCCGCCGCCGCAACCCCCCGAGUCGCCACCUUCACCACCUCUUCCUCCUCCUCCGCCGUCGCGCCGCUUCGCUCCCCCCUCGACGACCGCCUCCUCCGUCUCCUCCGCUCCGAGAUCUCCUACCUCUCCGACCGCCGCCCUCCCUACCCGCCGCCGAGGAGCUUCAAGUCGUUCGCGGUGGAGGACCGUCCGGGGGAGCAGUGGGUGCGCCUCCGCUCCUCCCGCGCCGGAGCCGAGGAGGUCAAGGUCGAGGCCACCAUGUUCGACGGCGCCACGGAGCCGCCCCCGGACGAUGCGCCCCUCUUCCGCCGCGUCGAGUCGCUCGAGCGUGGGCCGCGCCUCCACCUCAGCCUCAUCGUCGAGGUCACCCGUGGCGACCGCGUCCUCGGCUUCAUCUGCUCCGCCUGGCCCGACGACCUCGCCGUCUGCAGCGUGCUUACCCUCAAGGGCGGCGGCGGCGAUGGCGAUGGCGGCCGUGGUGGACGCAACUUCGACAAGAUGAAGGCUGGGGAGAGGGAUGCGGUGAGGCAGUUCUUGAAGGAGAGGGAGGUGGACGACGAGCUCGCCGAGUUCUUGCAUGAUUACAUGGCGAACAAGGAGAAGAUGGAGCUGCUCCGGUGGUUGAAGACAGUCGAAUCAUUCAUCGACAAGUAGGAUAACAAGGUGCGCACACAGCAGGCAUCCAGCUGAUAUAAGGUCGAUUUCCGAUCAUAUUACUCCCUGAACUGAGAAAGUGAGAAUGAAUAGGCUCCAGCAACUGGUGCUAAGAGAUGGUCUCUUAGACUCCUACGUUUUCUGAAUUAUCCACCUUCCCGUCACCAAAGCUGCCUAGUCAUUCUUGUUGCAGAAGAAGUUUUAGUUUCACUUUACAUAGUAGCUAAGUGCUCGGGGAAACAGUUGUCCCCCGUCUGAGAAAUUACCGACAUCCCAUCUGGUGAUCUCAAUAUCCAACUGCAUUAUCGUUUAUUUAUGCAAUAGAUAUUGAUCUGGAUUC